AUGUCAUCUCAAACUCCCGCGGAUUCCACCAACUCUAUCGAGAAUUAUGAAAAACUUAUCCGAGAACGCGAUGAGCUUAACGUACAGGGACGCCAGGAAACUCAACUCAAAGUGGUUUCCGAUGUACAACUCCGUCUCAAUCGGUCUCUACAGACGGUUAGGCAGUCCCUCGACUGCCGAAAGUGCCAUGGCCUCCUGUUUCAGCCCUAUGGCCUUGUCUGUGAGCACUCUGUUUGUGCUCGAUGCCUGGUUGAACUCAAGGAGGAGUCCAAUCCGCCGCGAUGUCCCAAGUGUUACACUGAGAUCUUGCUUCCUCCAAUCUUUUCCCCGCACCUCCACGCCAUGGCUGUAUCCUAUGCGGCGUACAAGGGAGAUCCAAUACCCCCUCCCGUUGAGUUUAUCUGGCCAGAACCAAAGCCUGAGCUGAUUGAGAAGGGCAUCAAACGAUAUGCCGACGAAAAGAGAUAG